AUGGCGAAAGUUUUCAUGACUUUGCUUUUGGCUCUGGUGGCCACUCACGCUAUGGCUAGGCCUACGCCUACGCCGACAGACGCCACCUUCAAGGACCAAAAGAACUUCUUCACCUAUGGUGGUCUGGGUGGCUACUCUGGCAUCGGCAACAAUGGCCUCCCCUUCGGCGGGGUCGGUGGUGCAGUUGGGGGCGGUGGCCUCGGUGGCGGCCUUGGAGGUGGACUCGGUGGCGGUACUGGGAUCGGCGGAGGUCUAGGCGGCUUGGGAGGCACGGGAGGCGGCUUGGGCGGUAACGUUGGUGGCAUCGGAGGAACCAUCGGAGGCGGAGGUGCCAGUGGUGGUCUCGGUGGCGGACUUGGCGGCGGACUUGGUGGUGGCUCUGCUCUUCCUUAUCCUUGA